AGAUAAACUUUUAAUCUGUAACGAACUUUUGUACGAGAAAGUCGCGCUUUAAAUUAUUUCCAAAAAAAUAAAAAAAAAAAUCAUGAGCAUCGAACUCGAAUCCCUCAAUUUAACGGUAAAAGAUGUCGAACAAGCUGUCAAAAAGCAUCACGUCGACAAAGGAGGCGGCAAAUUCCAAGUCAUCGAAUACGAAAUCAAAAGUUUGGACUCUGAAGUCCCGGGCGGAUUACUUUCCUCCAAUUAUCUGCUAAAAGUCAAGAUUCGCGAAAAAAGAGUUACUUACACAGACAUGAAAGAUUGCAAUGGCGACGAUUCGAGCGAAGGAAGUCACGAGGAACAAAGUUGCUCAUUUUUCAUCAAAUGUUUUCCGCAAGAAGAGUUUAACAUGAAAUACGCCCAAGAUUUGUCGAUUUAUCAAAAGGAACGGAAAUUGUACGAGCAGCUGAUUCCGAGAUUGCAAGACGUUGGUUUGGGUCAUGCUCCGUGGUCGCCUCGAUGUUACCACACAAAAGGAGAUACUGUGAUAAUCCUACAGAAUUUGCAAGCAGAGAAUUUUGUCAAGUGUCGCUUGGAGUCUUCCGUCUUGGAUUUUGAACAUCUCGCCAUUGCUUUGAAAACUCUCGCGAGAUUGCAUGCCGCAAGUAUAGCAGUUGAAGAACGAACUCGUUCGGAGAUCCCGAAGCUCUAUCCGCAUCUCUUGGAUGAGAACGGAUAUCCGGAAAAUCAUGGCGAAAACGGAUACCGCCAAAAAGGAGUUCGUUUAAUGACAAAAACGAUCCUUGAACUCGUAAAAGUUCUUCCGGGAUAUGACGAUUGGGAUAUCAAUGAAACCCUGGAAGCUUUUCCUGAAGUAAUUAAUCGAAUCUAUGACCUUGUGAAACCCUCUGAAAAAUAUCGAAAUGUCAUGAACCAAGCAGAUUUAUGGAGUAGCAACAUUUUAUUCAAGUAUGAGGAUGACAAACCGAUCGACUCGAGAUUGGUUGACUUUCAGUUUUCGCGAUAUGCGCCUCCAGCGUAUGAAAUUGCGACUUUACUAACUGUCUCAAAUACCAAAGACUUUCGAGAAAAGCAUGAAAAGGAACUUCUCGAUAUUUAUUACGAAGCAUUAGAUGCCGAACUGUCUCUUUAUGGCUUCGUAACGGAAGAUCUCCUGAAUCGCGAUGAUUUUCUCCAAAGCUACGAGGAUUAUCGCUUAGCUGGAUUAAUCGAGAGCCUUUUGUUCAACCAAAUCAUCUUCCUUCCGAUGGAUUUUUGGACCGAAAUGACGGAAUCUAGCGAAAAAUUUCAGGAUUUCAUGCUGAAUCGACACACGGAAAUCUGCUUGAACGCCUACGAGAACAACGAAUUUUAUCGGAAGAAGAUAAGGGAACUGUUACGGGAGACAAUUGACUCGUACGUGCUCAAAAGUGAAUUUGAUGCGAGAUUAUAAAUGUAAUUACGGCACAAAUUUAUGGCAGUUCUUAUCGUUUCACCCAAAUAAAUAUUUCACAUUCGAGAAGACCAACAACUUUUGUAUAUCAUUUUACACAAAUAAACAAAAAAUAAAAAAGAAUCAGGUGCCAAUUUGCUUCGAACAACAAAAUACCGAGAAAGUAACAGAAUAAGAAGACUUUGCUUGACUUCAUUCUGUUUCCUUUUGUGAAAGUGUCUUUUCAGUUUGUCAAAAGUGUUUUCGGUAAAAGCAAAGUAGAAAGGGAAACCAAUUCAUGAUGAAUUAUUGUUAUUAUUGUUAGAGACAUCAAUUCAAUUCAUGUCGUAUUCAAAAGACGAAGAGAGAAGACGAAGUUGUUGCACUUCAAAUCAUCAUUAAAAGAGUCACAAAUUGAACUGGAAGCCAAGUGAAGCGUUUUCUUGGCAAUAAUCAAUAGGCAAAAAGCAUUCUGUGGUUUGAUAAGAUAUGAAUUUUACUCGUCAGGAUGUUAAAUUAACAAUCUACUGUUAAAUUCAAACGAUCACAAAUGAUUUUUUAUUUAAAAGCGCCAUCUUGUGUAUAAUUUUGGUUCUGAAAUGCAAAAAAAAAAAAUAAGAAAAUUGAAAAUUUGUUCAAUUUUGUGAAAAUUUAACCAUUUUUUUUAUUUUAUUACAUUUUUUAAGUAAAAAGUUUCAUUUUAUUUUUAGUUAGCGCCAUC